CACAGACUCUGGCUUCUGGCGUGGAUCCUUCAGCCUUCUAGGGUAGACUUCAGCCUCCAGCACAGACGCAUUGGCCUCCAGAUACGGACUCACAGGACACUGCAGUGAGCUCCAGACCUUCGACUGAAUCCUUCAGUCUCCAGUGUGCAGACAGACCCUGUGUACUCUUCCUCAUCGGACUCUACCCUUUGAACAGAUGGUCACCAUGCUGAGAUAUUAGCCAUCACAUAUGAGUAUGCCCGCAUUUGAAAAUGGCAGAGGGAAACAGCAAUGAAGAGGUGAUUCACUUGAACAGUUUUCACUGCCACAGAGGACAAGACUGGAUCAGUCUCAGAGAUGGGCCCAUCACCAUAUCUGACUCCUCCGAUGAGGAAGGGAUUCCAAUGCAGGUCACGCCAGCUCCCGAGCAUCAUGAAGAGGACCUGGAUGAUGACGUCAUCCUGACUGAAACAAAUAGACCUCAGACUUCACGACCCAAUCUCAUCAAACCAGCUGCCCAGUGGCAAGAUCUGAAAAGAUUGGGAGAAGAAAGGCCUAAAAAGUCUAGAGCAGCAUUUGAAUCAGAUCAGAGCAGCUAUUUUUCAGUGUGUAACAACCCAUUGUUUGAUUCUGGGGCACAGGAUGAUUCUGAGGAAGACUACGGUGAAUUUCUGAAUCUUGGGCCUCCUGGAGCCUCUGAAUUCACUGAGCCAAGAGGUCAAGCAGAAACAGAACCCGAACCUGGACCCAAUCAUAACCAAGCAGUAAAUGACAUUGUCAACCCCAGAUCAGAACAGAAGAUCAUUAUCUUUGGAGAAAGUGGCCUUCUUUUCCCAGAAAGUGAUCCUUUGGAUACUCAGAACCAGUCAUCUGAAGACUCAGAGACAGAGCUUUUUUCAAAUCUGGGAGAAUCAACUACUUUGGGAGAUGAUCAGGACAUUGAAGAAGACUGCUGGCUCAACCAUCCAUACUUACAGUCUCUAAAACAACAGCCUCGUGAGGUAACAAACCAGGUUGUUCCCCAGGAGCGGCGUUCUGAAGGAGAACUGGGCCCCUUUCUGUUUCAGCAUGAACUCCCAGGGCCAGCUUUUCCAAGGCCAGCUUUUCCAAGACCAGAACCCCAGCAAGAUGGGAUUUCAGGCCCUGCUUCUCCUCAGCCUGCACACCCACUAGGAGAGCUUGAAGACCAACAGUUAGCAAUCGAUGAUGAAGAGCCAGGGCCAGCCUUUCCCCUGCGAGGAUCUCAGGAGGCCAAUAUGGAAAACCUUUGGGGGCAAGAACCUCCCGAGGUAGAUCAAGAAUUCAUUGCACUAUUAGUGAAAGAAACAGAAGCAAGAUUUCCAGAUGUAGCAAAUGGGUAUGUUGAAGAAAUAAUUCAUUUGAAGAAUUAUUAUGAUUUGAAUGUACUUUGUAAUUUUCUUCUGGAAAAUCCAGAUUAUCCAAAGAGAGAAGACAGGAUUAUUAUCAAUCCCAGCAGCAGCCUACUCGCCAGCCAGGACGAUACAAAGUUGCCUAAAGUAGACUACUUUGACUAUUCAAAAUUGAGUCCUCUUGACCAGCGCUGCUUCAUCCAAGCUGCUGACCUCCUAAUGGCCGACUUCAAAAUGCUCAGCAGUCAGGAUAUCAAGUGGGCCCUCCAUGAGCUCAAAGGACACUAUGCAAUCACCCGAAAGGCCUUUUCUGAUGCCAUUAAAAAAUGGCAGGAACUAUCACCAGAAGCCAGUGGAAAAAGGAAAAAGAGAAAAGAAAUGAAUCAGUACUCUUACAUAGAUUUCAAAUUCGAACAAGGUGACAUCAAAAUAGAAAAGAGGAUGUUCUUUCUGGAAAAUAAGCGGCGACAUUGUAGAUCCUAUGACCAGUGUGCCCUCCUUCCAGCUGUGCAGCAAGAACAGGAGUUCUACGAGCGGAAAAUCAAAGAGCUGGCAGAGCAUGAAGACUUUUUGCUUGCCCUGCAGAUGAAUGAAGAACAGUAUCAAAAGGAUGGCCAGUUGAUCGAGUGCCGCUGCUGCUAUGGGGAAUUUCCAUUUGAGGAGCUGACACAGUGUGCCGAUGCUCACUUGUUCUGCAAAGAAUGUCUCAUCAGAUAUGCCCAGGAGGCAGUCUUUGGAUCUGGAAGGUCAGAGCUCAGCUGCAUGGAAGGCAGCUGCACAUGUUCCUUCCCAACCAGUGAGCUGGAGAAGGUGCUUCCACAGACCAUCCUGUACAAAUACUACGAGCGAAAAGCCGAAGAGGAGGUCGCUGCAGCCUAUGCUGAUGAGCUUGUCAGGUGCCCCUCCUGCAGCUUUCCUGCUCUGUUGGACAGUGAUGUGAAGAGGUUCAGCUGUCCUAACCCUCGUUGCCGGAAGGAGACCUGUAGGAAGUGUCAGGGACUCUGGAAAGAACAUAACGGCCUCACCUGUGAAGAGCUGGCUGAGAAGGAUGACAUCAAGUACCGAACUUCUAUUGAAGAAAAAAUGACUGCUGCCCGCAUUAGGAAAUGCCACAAAUGUGGGACUGGCCUCAUCAAAUCUGAAGGCUGCAACCGCAUGUCUUGCCGCUGCGGUGCCCAGAUGUGCUACCUCUGUCGAGUGUCUAUAAACGGGUAUGACCAUUUCUGCCAGCAUCCCCGCUCACCAGGAGCCCCUUGCCAGGAGUGUUCGAGAUGCUCCCUCUGGACUGACCCCACUGAAGAUGAUGAGAAGCUAAUCGAGGAGAUCCAGAAGGAGGCCGAGGAGGAGCAGAAGAGGAAGAACGGAGAGAACACCUUCAAGCGCAUCGGGCCCCCGCUGGAGAAGCCCCCCGAGAAGGUACAGAGGAUGGAAGGUCUGCCUCGGCCAGUCCCGCAGAACCUGCCCCCACCACAGAUGCCUCCCUACGCCUUUGUGCACCCACCCUUCCCCCUGCCACCUGUGCGGCCCAUGUUCAACAACUUCCCGCUCAACAUGGGCCCCGUGCCGGCACCCUACGUGCCCCCUCUGCCCAAUAUGCGCAUCAACUUCGACUUUGGUGCCCUGCAUAUGCCACUGGAGCACAACCUGCCCAUGCACUUCGGCCCCCAGCCAAGGCACCGCUUCUGAUGGCCUGAGCCCUGGGGGCAGAGGGCAGAGGGCAGAGGACCCCACCUGGGCCUAGCUAUGCCCUGGCCUUCCCAGUGCAGUGGUGGCUCAGCACUCAGGUGGGCUGUUUUUUUCCACUCCAUCCCAGAAGGGGCCACUGAUCCUCUGAGCAGGUACCUGGAAAGGGCUGUGUGGCUCUCACUGGGCAGCAAAACCCUCUUCCCCAGUUCUGCCACCUUGGCAGCCAGCACAGUGCCCCUUGCCAUGCGCAGGCCUUGUGUUUGCUGUGUCUGAAGCCCCUACAAAAAGAGGCGGAAGGAAAUCAUCUGGCCUGUCAACUCACCUGCAACAGAGCUGCCCCAGGCCCGUCCCCAGUACAGCUGGACCCCUAGUAGACAGCACAGUGACAAGUAGUGCCUGAGAGAGCUAGGGGAUCCCACCAGCCCCCAGGGAGGCCAGGAGGAGCCUGGUACUCCUGCUGCGCACCCACAGCCUCGGUCCAGGGACCCAGCGUCCCACUCUCACACCCGUGCUUCCCCGGAGCUGGACCCUGGGGCGCACAGCAGCUGUGGACAUCUCCCUGGGCCCAGAGUCAGCGCCUGGGCCUCCCCACCUCACUCCUCACCGAGGCUGCUCUUGGCCCAGCUGAGGGUAGCAGGGCCAUGCGCACAGGCCUGAGGUGCACGGUGGGGGCGGGGGGGGGGGCUGCAGCCCUCAGCCCUCAGCAGCCCAGACCCCACUGCCACCAUGGCACCCACUCAGGUCAAACAGCGCAGAGAACCAGCCUGUUGUUCAGGUUUUAUUUGGUUGGGUUUUGUUUGGGGGGUGGUUUUUGGUUUUUUGAGACAGGGACUCACUUUGUAGUGCAGGCUGGCCUUGACCUCACUAUGGAGCCUAGGCUGGCCUCAGCCUCUGGGCCAUUCUCCUUUCUCAGCCUCCUGAGUGCUGGGAUUAUAGGUGUGCACCACCAGGCCCGGCCUGUUUUAUUGUUGAUCUGAAGCAUUUCCUCCUGUUCAUACACUUGGAGCUUUAGCCUAUGAAAGCCUCCUCCCUCAUCUCUGGAAAGGCACACUGAGGGCGCCCACCCCACACUAGGCAGCAGCUGAGGGCUGGACGACCCUAACACUCAGACCAAAUGAAAGGUCUGUUCUCCGAAGCCAUCCCAGGGGCCUCCCACGCAGCCCAGCUCCUGGGGCUUCACUGCCACCAACCAGGCGGCCACGGCUGGUGUCCCCCCCCGCCCCCGUGUUGGAUGCCUAUUGUCCCCCUACCUCCUGUGCGCUCCCCUGUGGUAACGGUGGAGACAGAGGGGUGAGGUCCUGGUGCUGGGCCAGGUGCAGCUGCGCCUCUCUGAGGUUAGACGAGUCAGCCCUGGGCCAGCGCCUGUGUCACUGCCAUCCAGCUGUCCUAGCAGCCGGGAGGCCUCGCUCAGGCUGUCGCUGGGCAACCAGCACUUUCUUGUCCCAUGUUGACUGGCCUAGUCCUUGUCCUGUGGCCACAGGGUUCCGGGGGUUGGCCUGGGGGACCGGGCACCUACACUUGGUUCUCUGAUGUCUGUCCAACUAUAGGGAAAGAUCCGAGACGUGUCCUUCCUGCCCCGGCUCAGAGUGAAGGCUUUGAGGGGAGGCGGGUGGGGCCAGGAGGACCGUGCCUUGGAAGGUGGGCUGCACCCUGAGCAACAGGGCCCAGUCCCUUCAGUGCAAACUGCCUUCUCCGCUCUUCCGCUGGGGUAGAGGGGCAGUGGUGGCCACAGGUGGGAGGUGACCCCGAACUCUGUACUUCCAAGGCCUCAGGCAGCCCCGGCAGCCCAGGAGCCCAGUUCCAGCUGCACCCUGCUCCCCACCACGGGCCUCCAUCCAGGGCUGAGGUGGGACCUAGGGGCAGGGGUGACAGGCCAGACCCAUGCACAUGCCCUUCCACAGGAGCCCAGCUGUCUCUGGCAGCCUCAGCUCUGAGGGAGAGAACCACCCCCUCUCUGCCUCACUCCCAGGGCAUCUGGCCCUGCAUGGCCUUGGGCUGCAGACCAGCAGGAGCCCCUGUCCCUCCGGGCAGGGCUGGGAGGCGCCUGCACUGGCCCCAAGGGUCGGGCCCUGCUGGGACAACAGGAGCGCCCAACGCAGCUGGCACCUUAACCUCUGGGGCAAGAGCCUGCCCAGCCACUGUCCCGAUUUACUUGCCUUAAAACUGGAGAGGAAUCUAGUAUUUGCACUUAGCAGAGGAUGUAAGUCUGAAGGAAAGUAUGUGCAUGAUCUGUCACUUUGUAUAAGAUAGCAAAAAAGGGGGUUAAGUAGUUUAUUAAAUGUUUUUCUUCUCAUAGUAAAAAUAAAGUAACUGUUUAAACUGCUGUGUGUAAAAAAGCCUGUAUCAUAUGUAACUUGGACUUUUGUAAAUAAAUGUUUGUGCAUUCUAA